GUAAAUAGUAAAAAGAGACAUUAGGAAAAUUGGAGCGAUAUAGGAUACCCUAUAAACCUGCCUUUUGACUUCAUAUCUGCGUACUCAUAUGCUUCUCCCUCUCGUAGAAUUAUAGUUCUCUUUCGAUCGCAAAUCAGUUCUUAUAUUAAUAUUACAAUAUUACCCAUUUAGGGCGCGUUGUUAACUUCGAAGUCCUUCUGGUUUGAUGCUGAACAGCUAAUGGGGAAUUUGUCAAGGGAGAGAAGCCAUUUUCCUUCUCUUUUUGUCGGCAUGAGUUACUCUACGUUUUGCUUCCAUUGUGUAUUGUACAUUGAGAAGUGUGCCUUUUGUUUUGCGAUUGUUGAGGAAUAUUUGUCAUCUUUCAACCAUCCACCCACUGACUCAAUCACUGAGAUUGGAUUGGAUGAGUGCAGGUCCUCGAUCACAUUGAAGGAGUGCAUUACUGUCUGGAUUAAGUGUAAUGGAGAGCUUAGCUCAGCUGGAAAACGGACACAUGCUGAGAACACUCUGAAAUGCUUUUCAACAAAUAUUGAUUACAUUUCUCAGUGUCAGUAUAUACUGGAUAAUGCUUUGACCCCUUAUGCUUUGAUGCUGGCAAGCUCAAGCUUGUUGAAGCAAGUGACUGACCACAGUCUCUCGUUGCAGCUACGCCUUGAUAUCCGAAAUUACCUUAUGAACUAUCUGGCAAACAGAGGUCCUGAGUUGCAGCCCUAUGUCAUUGGAUCUUUAAUUCAGCUUUUAUGUCGACUUGCCAAAUUUGGAUGGUUUGAUGAUGACAGAUUUCGAGAUGUUGCUAAAGAAUCUAUCAACUUUUUGAACCAGGCAACAACAGAUCACUAUGCUAUUGGUUUAAAGAUAUUGAAUCAGCUUGUUAGCGAGAUGAAUCAGCCGAAUCCUGGUUUGCCUUCAUCACAUCACAGAAGGGUAGCCUGUAAUUUCAGGGAUCAAUGCCUUUACCAAAUUUUUCAGAUAUCUUUAACAUCAUUACAUCAGCUUAAAAACGAUGCCAUCAGCAGGUUGCAAGAAUUGGCUUUAUCACUGGCAUUGAAAUGCCUGUCUUUUGAUUUUGUUGGGACAUCUAUUGAUGAAAGCUCUGAUGAAUUCGGGACUGUCCAGAUUCCAUCUUCUUGGAAGCCUAUGUUAGAGGAUUUUUCAACUCUACAGAUAUUUUUUGACUUUUAUGCACUCACCAAGCCCCCUAUCUCCAAGGAGUCACUGGAGUGCUUGGUGCGACUUGCUUCAGUGAGACGCUCUCUUUUCACCAAUGAUGCCACACGUUCUAAGUUCUUGGACCAUCUAAUGUCAGGAACCAAAGAAAUUUUGCGAACAGGGCAAGGUCUUGCCGACCAUGAUAACUACCAUGAGUUUUGUCGCUUACUUGGACGAUUCAGAGUUAGUUAUCAGUUGUCUGAACUCGUAACCAUGGAAGGCUAUGGAGAUUGGAUACGUUUAGUUGCCGAGUUCACUUCAAAAUCUUUGCUGUCCUGGCAGUUAAGUGGUGGAAUGAUAUAUAUGUAUGUGAAAGGGCUGAAUAAGACUAUUUUGCAGUGGGCUAGCAGCAGUGUCUAUUAUCUUUUAGGUUUAUGGUCUAGGUUGGUGAGCUCUGUACCAUACCUGAAAGGUGACGCUCCGAGUUUGCUUGACGAAUUUGUGCCUAAAAUUACCGAAGGUUUUAUUUCUUCAAGAUUGGAUUCUGCUCAGGCUGGCCUGCCUGAUGAUAUAUCAGAGCACCCACUGGACAGUGUUGAUCUUCUUCAAGAUCAACUGGAUUCUUUUCCACAUCUUUGUCGAUUUCAGUAUGAAAAGAGUAGCUUGUUCAUUAUCAAUAUCAUGGAGCCUAUUAUACAAAUUUACAUGGAAAGGGCACAGCUUCAGACUGGUGAUAAAAGUGAACUUCCUAUCUUGGAAGCUAAACUUGCUUGGAUGGUACAUAUAAUUGCUGCAGUUUUGAAAAAUAGGCAAUCUGUUGGCUGCAGUGCCGAAUCACAAGAAGUAAUUGAUGCCGAACUUUCAGCUCGUGUUUUACGUCUAGUAAAUGUUGCUGAUAGUGGGUUGCACAAUCAGAGAUAUGGUGAACUGAGCAAGCAAAGACUUGAUCGAGCAAUUCUGACAUUUUUCCAGAACUUUAGGAGGUCUUACGUGGGUGACCAAGCUAUGCAUUCAUCAAAGCAGUUGUAUGCCCGGUUGUCUGAACUUAUUGGACUUAAUGAUCAUCUAUUGCUUUUGGACUUUGUUGUUCGAAAAAUUGCCACAAACCUCAAGUGUUAUACAAAGAGUGAGGAAGUUAUCGACCAAACAUUGAGUCUGUUCUUGGAGCUGGCAUCUGGUUAUAUGACUGGAAAGUUACUUCUCAAGUUAGACACUGUCAAGUUUAUUGUUGCUCAUCACACUAGGGAGCAUUUUCCAUUUCUUGAAGAGUAUAGCUGCUCUAGGAGCAGAACAACGUUCUACUAUACUAUUGGCUGGCUAAUAUUUCUUGAAGACAGUGCAGCCGUCUUUAAGUCUUCAAUGGAUCCUUUGCUGCAGGUAUUUUUCAUUUUGGAGUCAACCCCUGAGACCAUGUUUCGAACAGAUUCUGUGAAAUAUGCUCUAAUUGGAUUGAUGAGAGAUCUAAGGGGGAUAGCAAUGGCCACAAGUAGUCGCAGAACUUAUGGACUUCUCUUUGACUGGAUUUAUCCUGCUCACAUGCCAAUUCUGCUUAGGGGAAUCUCACACUGGGCAGACACACCUGAGGUGACAACACCAUUGCUGAAAUUCAUGGCUGAGAUCGUAUUAAAUAAAGCUCAAAGAUUGACUUUUGAUACUUCAUCUCCGAACGGCAUACUUCUUUUCAGAGAAGUCAGCAAGCUAUUAGUUGCCUAUGGCUCGAGGAUUUUAUCAUUUCCAACUGCUACUGAUGUAUAUGGCUUCAAAUACAAGGGAAUAUGGAUUUCCUUGACUAUUCUUACUCGGGCGCUCGCUGGAAAUUAUGUCAAUUUUGGUGUUUUUGAACUUUAUGGUGAUAGAGCACUUGCGGAUGCACUUGAUAUUGCCCUUAAGAUGACGCUGUCAGUUCCACUGGCGGACAUUUUGGCUUACAGGAAGUUAACAAAGGCAUAUUUUGCAUUCGUGGAGGUUCUAUUUAAUAGCCAUCUUGUUUUUGUUUUGAGCCUUGAUACACGCACCUUCAUGCAUAUCGUUGGUUCACUUGAGUCUGGUCUCAAAGGUCUCGAUGCUGGCAUAUCCUCCCAGUGUGCAUCUGCAGUAGAUAAUGUAGCUGCUUUUUAUUUCAAUAAUAUAACCAUGGGUGAAGCGCCGACAUCACCAGCUGCAGUUCAUCUUGCCAGGCAUGUUGCCGAAUGCCCGACAUUGCUCCCUGAAAUACUCAAAACCCUUUUUGAGAUUGUUUUAUUUGAGGACUGUAGCAACCAGUGGAGUCUAAGUAGGCCAAUGUUGAGCUUGAUACUCAUAAAUGAGCAGAUGUUCACGAACUUGAAAGCUCAAAUACUGGCUUCACAGCCUACCGAUCAGCAUCAGCGACUUGCUGCUUGUUUUGAUAAAUUGAUGUGUGAUGUCAGCCGAGGCUUGGAUUCAAAGAACAGAGACAAGUUUACACAAAACUUGACCACAUUUAGGCACGACUUCCGUGUCAAGUAGCAGGCAUAAAAGGGUACAUAAUUGGGAACAUCACUUUUUAUGUUUUUUUUUUUUUUGGAAUCAUUUUAUAAAUGACCUACGAAAGGUCUCGUUUGUUGUAUGGCUAAAAAAAUGCGAAGUUAUAUGAAUCCGCAAUGAAAUCAUGUUAUUUGCUGCUAUUGCUUUGUACGUUCCUUUUUUAUAUGGGCUUAAAAAACUUGACUGUACUAUAAGACUAAAAGGCAGAUGGAUGUGUUUGUUUGUUAGGAUGAAGGCAAUUGGUGGUCCAAUGAUAUAUGUAAUGUAUUCUCUCACAUGUAUAGAGAGUUUACACGUGUCAUAGGAGAAUUAGCAUGAAAAUCUGAUUGGGGAGAAAGUAACUAUGAUCUGAUGUUGAAAGUAACUAUACUAUUCACUCUAGUACGGUACAUACAUGUCAUGUCUUCCUACAUUUCAAUGUGAUUUGCGUUUUUUCACCUCAAGUCGGAGACAUGUUUGAUAGGGGA